GGCGGGCAGAAGCGAGCGCGCGUGCGCGGGAGGCCGGGGGCGGGGCUGACGGGCCGGGAAAGCAUUUUGGGGACGGGGGCUGGCAAGGCUCAAGCGGGAGGGCUUCGUAUUCACGGCGGGGACGGUGAGGGUACCAGUGACCAUGAGAUCCCUGUGGCUGCUCAGAACCCCCUUCAUGUACAGCCUGCUCUGGGCCUUUUGUGCUUCAGGUGCCAGAGCCCAUGAGCCUGGGGCCAACGCCAUCCAUCCUGGAAGCGCAGGCCUGAAUAAGCACACAGUGCAUGACCAAGAGCAUAUCAUGGAGCAUCUUGAAGGUGUCAUUAACAAACCAGAGGUGACAAUGUCCCCACAAGAAUUACAGCUCCAUUACUUCAAAAUGCACGACUAUGAUGGCAAUAGCUUGCUUGACGGCUUAGAGCUCUCCAUAGCCAUCACUCAUGUGCAUAAAGAGGAAGGAAGUGAGCAGUUGCCACCUAUGAGUGAAGAUGAACUGAUUAGCAUAAUUGAUGGUGUUUUGAAAGACGAUGACAGGAACAACGACGGAUACAUUGAUUAUGCUGAAUUUGCAAAAUUACUACAGUAAAAGCUGUCUGGCCAUCUGGUUCUAUGCAAACAUGACCUGUGAUAAUGUGAUGGAAUGCUUUUGGUAAAGUGAAGUAACUCAUUUACAGCUACUGCUGCAGCAGUUUGGUAAAAAUCUGUAGCAAUUUAUUACACUGGGGUGAGAAAGAAGCAUCAACAGGAAUAGAAGAUAAACUAUCUAGUAGUCCCUAAGUGCUGUUGUAUCUCUUACUGGACAAGGGCUUAAUUAAAUAAUCCUUUUGAAGGUGUUGAAAAAUUGGAGCCCAGAACUCAGGAACCUAACCGUAGAACUCUGCUCUUUUCUUGAUUUUGAUACAUGCGACCUGGAAAGUAGAACAGAAAGCUUUGCCAAGUGGACACGCUUUUCAGUAACAGGGAAGGAAGGGGUGGAGUGAAUGCCAGACUUGUCCCCCUUGGUCCUGUGUCUUCUGGUGAGCGUGGCCAGCAUUGUGCAGUUCCCAUGGCCUAGGCGAUCACUUCCUCAGGGUGAGUGGCUCUUUAUUAUAAUAGACUGUGUCAAAGUCACAGCGUAAGAUUGUCAGAUACUGAGUUUAGCCAUCUACAGUCUAAGAUUCUGUAUCCCCUGGCAUUUUGGAUGAUAAACCACUGGCCUAAGUCAUUAACCUUCUUCAGAUUUUCAGUAUUUUAUAUAACUCCUGCCACAUCCUCUUUAUUUUACUUCUUUCCUGUGGUCUUCAGCCUGGGAGAGAUUCUGAAUUUAAAGUGUUCUCUCGUCAGUAGCACAUGUUUUUAGCUUUCUUAAUAUUCGUAUUUGACUCUCGUUUCCAGGGUUUCCUUAUUAUAUUUAGGAACUUUUAGGAAUGUGAGGAUUUAGGAAAGAAGGUCUAAGUCAUUAGCUGCUCUAGCCUAAGUAGGAAGUGAGAAGAGCUUUCACCAGAAACAGUGAUUAAGCUGAUCCAAGUUCUUCUUUCCUUUUGUAUUGCUGGGGAUCGAACCCAGGAUCUCACACACACCAGGCCAGCGCUCUACCACUGUGCUGCAACCCUACCCCUUGAUGCAAGAUCUACUUUGAAGGAAUGUUGUUUAAAUUACCUCUUCCAGCCUGAAUACAUGAGUUCUUUCAGGAAAGAGUAGAGAGGGAAGCCUAAAACCUCUUUCAACAGUGUGAAUCUUAGUAGUAUUUGGAAGUGGGAAGCUGCAGACGGGUUUGUUGAAUGUGAUAGUCACGCUAGAAUGGAAAACCUAAAAUGCUAGUUGAAUGGGAAAAAGAAACUGCAUAAAGUUUGCUGCAAGACGCAUAGAGACUUAUUUUCUUUAUUAAAGUAUUCUUAUAAGAAAAAUACGUAUUUGUAAAAAUGGUUUCCUGUGUCAUGUUUUGUGCAAUUAGAGCUAACUUGUAAACUAUUCUUGUAAUAUCUCAUUGUUUUGAAAGAUUUAUAUAAUGAAUCGUGGAUAUCUGACCAAUAAAACAAAAAUGAUCUGCA